GCGAAAAGCAUGCUGGGAUAGCUUCCAUGGCGGGAUGUGAAGUAGAGGAAGCUAACAGCAGUGAAGAUGCAGAGGGCGGUCUCCAGUUUGUCUCUGAGUCCCAGUGUGAAGGUUAAACUGGUCAGUGCUGGUUUCCAGUUCACCGCAGACCUGCUGCACCUUAAACCGCUACAACUCAGCAAAGAGGCUGGUCUGUCUCAGCAGGAGGCGCUGGAGGUGCUGCAGGCUGUGAGGACAGAUGGAGGAGGAGCGUCGGCCUCUCUGACAGCUCUGGAUCUCCUGCAGAAGGAGGAGGAGACGAGGAGCAUCGUGACCUUCUCCUCUCAGCUGGACGCUGCUCUCGGAGGAGGACUUCCUGUUGGGAAGACUACAGAAAUCUGUGGAGCUCCAGGAGUCGGAAAAACACAGCUGUGCCUGCAGCUGGCGGUGGACGUCCAGGUGCCUCAGUGUUUUGGGGGGGUCGGAGGUCAGGUGAUCUACAUCGACACUGAGGGCAGCUUCCUGCUGGAGAGAGUCAUCGACGUGGCCGCCGCCGCCGUCAGACACUGCUCUUUACUGGUUGAAGACAACGAGCAGCGUGUCGCCAUGACGACCUUCACUGUGGAGACCAUCCUGUCCAACAUUUUCCUGGUGCGUUGCCAUGACUACGUGGAGCUGCUGGCCGAGCUCCACCUGCUGCCAGGCUUCUUGUCAGACCACCCGAGGGCCCGCCUCCUGGUGAUUGACAGCGUGGCAUUUCCGUUCAGACGAUUUGAUGACAUGUCGCAGAGGACACGCCUCCUCCAGGGCCUCGCACAGCAGCUAGUUGCCAUGGCGAGCAGACACCACGUUGCCGUGGUCAUCACCAACCAGAUGACCACGCGGCUGCGGGGCAGCCAAUCGCAGCUUGUCCCCGCCCUCGGGGAGAGCUGGGGCCACGCACCCACCAUCAGACUCCUCCUACAGUGGGUGGGGUCACAGCGACUGGCAGCCGUGUUUAAAUCUCCCGGUCACACAGACGCAACCGUCCCAUACCAGAUUACCUCGGACGGGUUCAGAGACGCCGCCAAAUCAGAGCAGCCACAGAGCAAACGGCCCCGAACACACGCUGACCAAUCAGCUUCCAACCAGCCAGACGCCUGCUGCUGAUUGGCCACUGGCCACUCAGAAGGUUCAGGAGCGGAGGGGGGGGGGGGGGGGUUGGUCCGCUGCAGUCUGCAGCCUCACCACUAGAUGCCACUACAUCUCACAGACUGGUCCUUUAUAUUGAUGUGU